AUGACACGCCUCCGGAAGGGUACCUCCUACACAGAUAUCGAGGAUAUCGAGAAUACCGCCGUUCUACUGGAAGACAGAGUUUUGGUAUUGUGGUUUGAUUUGCCAAAAUGGCAACAAAAUAAUGAGUUUAUCCAAUCUGGCUAUCGACAACCCUCUUAUUGUCUCCGGAAAUGCUUGAGCUCCCUUCUCUACCUUCACAACGAAACCGGUACUGUCCCCCUUCCCCCUUUACCGUGGAUCAUAAGCUCACCAAAGACACGUCCAGUCAACAUCUACACGCAUCUUCUCGGCUCUCUCAUCUUCUUCGCCCUGCCCUGGUACCUCUACACCCCCCGCGCCACUCUCGGCGACAUCAUAGUCUUCAGCAUCUACUUCCUCGGCGUCGGCCUCUGCUUCUUCUUCUCCGCCAUGUACCACACAAUCUCCAACCACAGCCCCCGAUACCUCACCAUCGGCCUGCAGCUCGAUAUAAUCGGUAUCACACUACUCAUGUGGGGGGCGUCCAUCCCGACCAUCUACUAUGCCUUCCCCACCCUCCAAAACACCCGCAUCUUCUACUGGGCCGUUUCUACCGUGAUGAGCGCCGUCUGUAUCGGCUUCACCACAAAGCCCGUAAACCGGGCUCCUGCAAUGAGGCCCGUUAGAGCCGCCAUGUUUACGUUACUGGGACUGAGCGCGGUAAUGCCGGUGGUGCAUAGCUGUUGGUGGAAGUCUGCGGAGGGCAGGUGCGAGGUUGUGCCGUUGAGUGGUGUAGCAGGGUUGAAUCUGGUUGGGGCAUUGGCGUAUGCGACUAGAUUCCCGGAGAGAUGGUUUAAGGUGAGGUUUGAUAUUUGGGGCGCGAGCCAUCAGGUUCUGCAUGUGGCGGUUGUGCUGGCGGGGUUGGCGCAUCUGAGAGGCCUCAUUGCUGCGUUUGAGCAUGCUCGGGGCAUUAGCGUUCCAGAUAUGGCUGUAGCUGCGCUUGCUUCGGCUCUCGACUCAGAUAUGGCUGCAUCUGCACUGUCUCUCGAGUAA